CAAACAAACGUCGGCCAAUCAUCUUAAAUAGACAAUCCUUAUUGGUCAGAACAGAAUAAUUUUAAAGUAAUACCCAGAGGAAUGCCUUAAUUUGAUUGGAUACAACGGGAGAUCUACCCGACUGAAUUCCUGACCUGCAUAAAUCUGAAGGAAGUGUCCUUUUAUGGAAUGCAGAGAAUUUAAGGAACAAACACACCGACUUCCGGUUGACCAGGAAAAUGUCAAAGUCUUUGAAGAAGAUCGUGGAGGAGAGUCGGGAGAAGAACUUGCCCGAAGUGGAUAUGUGUGACAGAGGCAUAUCUAACAUGCUAGAUGUUCCUGGGCUUUUCACUCUGUCCAACAUCACCCAGUUAGUCCUGAGCCACAACAAACUAACGACCGUCCCUCCCAACGUUGCCGACAUGAAGAACCUGGAGGUGCUGAACGUCUUCAACAACCAGAUCGAGGAGCUGCCCACCCAGAUCAGCAGCCUGCAGAAACUCAAACACCUGAACCUGGGGAUGAACAGGAUGAGUUCUCUCCCCCGUGGUUUUGGCUCCCUUCCCGCUCUGGAGGUUCUGGACCUGACCUACAACAACCUGAACGAGUCGUCUCUGCCCGGAAACUUCUUCUACCUCACCACUCUGCGCGCACUCUAUCUCAGCGACAACGACUUCGAGGUCCUCCCGCCAGACAUCGGCAAGCUGACCAAGCUGCAGAUACUGAGUCUGAGGGACAAUGAUCUGAUCUCUCUGCCCAAAGAGAUUGGAGAUCUGGCCCAGCUCAAGGAGCUGCACAUCCAGGGAAACCGCCUGACUGUUCUGCCACCUGAGCUGGGUAACCUGGACCUUACGGGGCCCAAGCAGGUCUUCAAAGCGGAGAACAACCCUUGGGUGACCCCGAUCGCGGACCAGUUCCAGCUGGGCGUGUCCCACGUCUUCGAAUACGUCCGCUCCGAGACCUACAAGUAUCUCUAUGGGAGGCACAUGCAGGCCAACCCUGACCCUCCCAAGAAGAGCAACGACAAGUCCAAAAAGAUCAGCCGCAAGCCACUGGCAUCCAAAAACAAGUGAGGAGGAGGAUGAGGAGGAGGAUGAGGAAGAGGAGCACCGCCAUAUCGGAAACCUUGCUGCACGUGCCUUUCCCCACAUUUUUCUAUUUAUUUACUGAGUCUUUUUUUAUUUAAAUAUGCAUUUUAUACUGCAAAAAAGCCACAGUUACACUGUGCUGGCGUUGUCAGAGUGGAGUUGGGCGGUGGGGGGGGGGGGGGGGGUGACACAGAGCACGCCUUUACUGCUACUAUUAAAAAAAUGUUUAUUGCUGAGGUGGGCAACCAGGGCCGUGCCUGUUACUGGUUUCCAUGCCAACUCCUGGCCUUCGUUAUUUAAUUAGCCCUACCAUUCGACAUUUCAGCUACGUUUCUUUGUAAGUGCACGAAAGACAGCUGAAGACUGUUCUUAUGUCCCCGUGUGAAACGUUUUACUGCGAUAUAAUCCACCAGUGAAACAGUGUUAGUGUCUACGGCCAGUUAGCGCUCUUAGCCACGGUGACUGGUGGAAACGAAAGCCCGCUCACACACACCGGUCCUCCAGGACCGGAAAUUGCCCCCCCCCCCCUUUCCCGGUUUAUUAUAUCAGGUGGUCCGGUUUCUGAGUCAGCAAUGCAGGGGUUGAGAAGGGGAGGUGUUCAGCGUCUGGAGGAGUUUAGUGACAGACUCCUGCUCCAUUAUCUAUUCAGUGCAAGAAUUUUAUUAUUUUUUUGAUCAGAUGUGCUGGAAGUUCUACAGUUGCUCACCGCGCAGUGCGCCGUUGGUGUCCAGCGUAAGAGUAAAUGGUAAAUGGACUGCAUUUAUAUAGCGCUUUUAUCCAAAGCGCUUUACAAUUGUAAAGAGUAAAAUUUACAAAUUUAUAGGAGUAAAGCACCGCCGGUCUGUGCAGUUGUUUAGAGUAACUGCAUGGAGUAUAAACCAGGGCACAAGGACCCGGCCGGACUGUGGCUGUACUCCCCUCUGCAUUUCUACAGGAAGCCAAAUGAAAAAUCAUAUUUAAAAUAACCGAACCACACCAGCGGAGAAUGGCGCGCAACCCUAGCCUGUUGCUGUUUCCUGGCUGGCUUCGCGUGGGGUUUUCCACAUGGAUGUAUUUGACCCGAUGGAUGCGUGUUUGGCUGAACAGCUCGCCGUUUAAUGAGCGGUUGGACUGUUCUGCUGUGUUAAUUAAGCAAAGGUCAGUGUGCCAGGUCCGGAACCUUACUGUGUGUUAUGGUGCUACUCACUGAAGGUGUGCGCACUCCCAUCCCAAACCGUAAUGUCGCCCCCGUGACAGUGCCUGCCCACUGUAGGGAAUGGAGCACAGAGAACCUUUCGGAACCCAGCGGACCCAGUUCUUCCCCAGUUGGUAUCCUGGGACAUUUAAAAAAAAAUAAAAUAAAAUAAAAAAAAAAACAUUUUGAAAGUCAUCUUCUCAGACUGUGGUUGCUGGAGGCUGUGCCCCCGCCCCCUCCCCCAGCCGGUCUCUGAGCCAAUCAUAAGGCUUUGUCCAGUUGUGCUGAAGCACCAUGAUUGGUGGAAGUUUGUCCAGUCAGUCCCUGAUUGAUUUUGGACUCCAUUUUGGCUCUACCUACUGUGGGUCCCUCGGCCCUUCAAUAAAGUAAAAACCCAAGAAAACAGGUCACCAGUUACAGUUAGCAUAGGCCUUUUAAAAACUCGUAAAAACAGUUACCUCGGUACCUACAAAACGGGAGCGUGGCCUUAAAUGUCUGAACAAACCUUCCGCACAUUUAAUUUCCAUCAGCGUUGUGCCAACAGUCCAAAACAUUUCAUCGAGAUGAAUGAGUGAAUGUCGACUUCAUUCAGCCGGUAGCUUUUAUAACUAUUUUAUAUCACUGCAUUAUAGCCGAAUGUGUACUGCCUAUAUUUUAAAUAAAGUUAUCUCUUUGUUUGAACCACA